AGCUCGGUCGCGUCGACUGUUAGUCGGUGGUUAGUCGGCGAUCGUGGCGGAUCGAGGUAAGAAGUUGCUGGGGUCUCGGAAGCUCGCCGUUGUCGUCCAGGACGCGGAGUGCCGGUGAUCGCGAGUCGGCCGCGAUGUCGGGAUCCGUGCGGGACGCGCGCGCUUAUCGAGCAGUGACCCCCGGGGCGAAAUGAGGUCCGCCGCCAGGAGGUAGAGGCCGCGAACGCGCGCUACGUAGUUGGGCGAGGAGCGGAGACUCGCGCGCGCGUGUCGGUGCACGCGAGGAGACCCGCGGGAGGAAGGGCAGAGGAGGCGAUCGCCGUCCGCGUUUCGGUCGCCGCUUCGGCGAUGUGUCGGCGUCGGGCUAAAAAUAUGCAGUAAAGGAGAGCGGAAGAGAGAGGCCCCUUCGGGACAAGCGCGCGAGAGGAAGGGCCGCCGCUCCUCGCUUUUCCAGUCGCGGGCCCGCGAGCCGUGCCUCGGCCUCCGCCUCCCCCUCCCCCCGCCGUUCCCCGAGCCACCGACAACAUGGCGGACCUCGAGGCGGUCCUGGCCGACGUCAGCUACCUGAUGGCCAUGGAGAAGAGCAAGUGCACGCCUGCCGCGCGAGCCAGCAAGAAGAUCGUCCUGCCCGACCCUAGCGUGAGGAGCGUGAUGCACAAAUACCUAGAGAAGAAGAACGAAGUGAACUUUGAUAAGAUAUUCAAUCAAAUGUUAGGAUACCUUUUAUUUAAAGACUUCUGCGAGACUGUAGCGGAGGAACCCAUACCGCAACUUAGGUUUUACGAAGAGAUCAAGGCGUACGAAAAAUUGGAGUGUCCCGAGGAGAGGAGAAAGCUGGCUCGGGAAAUCUACGAUAAUUUCAUCAUGAAAGAAUUGCUGGCGCACUCGCACGAAUACUCGACGGACGCGGUAUCACACGUACACAAGUAUCUCAUGAAGAACGAGGUUCCUGUCAAUUUAUUCGAGCCAUACAUCGAGGAGAUCUUCAACCAUUUGAGAGGGGAGCCGUUCAGAAAGUUCCUGGAGAGUGACAAGUACACUCGUUUCUGCCAAUGGAAGAACCUCGAGCUGAAUAUUCAGCUGACGAUGAACGACUUCAGCGUGCACCGGAUAAUCGGAAGAGGCGGAUUCGGCGAGGUGUACGGGUGUCGAAAGGCGGACACCGGGAAAAUGUACGCCAUGAAGUGCCUCGACAAGAAACGCAUCAAGAUGAAGCAGGGCGAGACCUUGGCACUCAACGAGAGGAUAAUGCUCUCCUUAGUCAGCACCGGGGUCGACUGUCCGUUCAUCGUGUGCAUGACGUACGCCUUCCACACGCCCGACAAGCUGUGCUUCAUCCUGGACCUGAUGAACGGCGGCGAUUUGCAUUACCACUUGAGUCAGCACGGGGUCUUCAACGAGCCGGAAAUGAAGUUCUACGCCGCGGAAGUGAUCCUCGGGCUGGAGCACAUGCACCGCCGGUGCAUCGUCUACAGGGAUCUGAAGCCGGCGAAUAUCCUCCUGGACGAGCACGGCCACGUCAGGAUAUCGGAUCUGGGCCUGGCGUGCGACUUCUCCAAGAAGAAGCCCCACGCGAGCGUCGGCACUCACGGAUACAUGGCGCCGGAAGUCUUGUCGAAGGGGACGGCGUACGACUCGAGCGCCGAUUGGUUCUCCUUCGGGUGCAUGCUGUACAAGCUCCUGAAAGGACACAGCCCGUUCAGACAGCACAAGACCAAGGACAAACAUGAGAUAGACCGCAUGACGCUCACCAUGAACGUCGAGCUACCCGAGUCUUUCUCGAAGGAGCUGCAGUCGCUAUUGGAAGGUUUGCUACAACGAGAUAUCAACAACAGGCUCGGUUGCCGGGGACAUGGGGCAGACGAGCUAAAAGAGCACCCGUUUUUCAGUGGUAUCGAUUGGCAGCAGGUUUACCUACAGAAGUACACGCCGCCGUUGAUACCACCGCGCGGGGAGGUCAAUGCCGCCGACGCGUUCGACAUUGGGUCCUUCGACGAAGAGGACACCAAGGGGAUCAAGUUGACCGACGCCGACCAGGAGCUCUACAAGGACUUUCCCCUGGUAAUCUCCGAGCGGUGGCAGGCCGAGGUCGCGGAGACGGUCUUCGAGACGAUCAACAACGAGGCCGACAAGCUACCGCUAGGUGGACCUUUAACGCGCCACCCGGGGGCCUUCCUCGAGGGCCCUCCGCCAACUGUCCCCAUUACUGAUCCGUCACUCCCUCCCUGUUCAUGCCUCCGCCGAGAAGGUGGAGAACAAGCGGAAGGCGAAGCAGAAGCUGAGGUUCGACGCCGACGAGAAAGGAUCCGACUGCAUUCUUCACGGGUACAUCAAGAAACUGGGUGGUCCUUUCGCCAGCGCCUGGCAGACGAGAUACGCCAAGCUCUACCCCAACCGACUCGAGCUCUAUCCGGAGUCGACGACGAAGCCCGAACUCGUCUUCCUGGACCAGGUGGAGGAAGUCAGCGCCGACCUCCAACACGUGAAAGGGGAGCAGUGCAUCGUGGUGCGCACCCGGGACGCGAAAAUCGUACUCACCAACCCCGACGAGAUCGGGCUGAAAGAGUGGGCGCUGUCCCUGCGAUCGGCGCACAAGUGUUCGAUGGAGAUGCUGGGCAACAUGGCGAGGAAGGCCGGGAAGAUCUACGGGACCGAGCGGGACGCGGUGAUACCGCCCAUCCAGCGCUCGACGAACGGCAACUAGCGCCUCGCCGGGUCGAGGUCGGCGUCGUCGUCGUCGUCGUCGUCGACGUCGUCACACUCCGAACCCCAAUGCCCCGCAGCAGCAACAGCGACCACGUUUUUUUACACUACCGAGAGAGGGAAGAGCGAGGGGCUGAGGGGGGCGUCGGACCCCGAAGAGGCUCGUCGAACCCCGAGGAGUCGCGUCUCGCGCGGAUGACCUCGCUCCUCCCCUCCCGACGGCGAGGGAGGAAACGAAGAAAUAUAAAAGAAGUAAACCGUGGAGCCCCGUCUACGGCGGUUAGCGCCGCGCUGGAUAGAGACAAAGUAGGGAGUAGCCAAGUCGUCGCCAUGGGUCCCGAGCGGGUCCUAGAACCUAACCCCCGGAUCCGCUCGGGAGCGACUCGGGUGCGUAGCGUCGCGUCGUUAGAUUUGUACGUUAGAUUGUAUGUGCAAUGUGUGGCGUAGCGACCUAGAGGGUACCGAGAAGACGCGACGGAGAGCGUCGUACACCCGCGUCGUACAAGGACCGUGGAGCGGAAGGUGGGCCUAGAUGCGAGCGUUCUCGCCUUCUGGAACGUGAAAACGUUCACGCGUAAACCCUCGCAUCUGGACCCUCCUUGAGAAGAGAGGGAUGGAGGGUAUCGUUGCGCGACCGAAGCUCGAGCUUCGAUCCCCUCGUCUUAGAACUUUAUCCCAACUUUAUGCUCCAUCCCUUUGUUCCUUGAUCCAUGCGUAUCGUACAUACACACAUGCGUGCACUGGUGGACGCGAGGGUGUACCCUUUUCGAAGAACUCGGUGUCGGACGGUAUUUCUAUCUGCCACUGUACCAUGACGGACGGGAAUUUAUUAUCGUUGUGUACCGUCGCACGAUACCGGUACCCAGUUAAUGGGAUCGGUAGCACAAUGUUCGAAAAAAAAAUGUUCGCGUCCACCAAUGUACCCUCGCACACGGAGGUAAGUACUGGGAAUGGCUUGUCCGAGCCCACGGAGAGAAGGAGACACGAGUACACACCGGUAGCGUAUUAUUAUCAUUAAUAUUACUACGAGCCUGUAUUCUCAUUAAUUCUGUACGUCGUACCGUUUCGUUCACCCUAAUUUAUUCACUAACGCAGAACGGUUUUAUAAAACGAUAUUAUAACGCGGUUAAGCCGGACCGACAGGUACCGUUAUUUAUUACGUUGUUGUACUACGAGAGGAGCCGAGGCGCCGAGGAUGGAACAAACGUUGAUAAGAAAAGCGAAAAGGAGGUCGUUUGUAUAUUGACAGGAGGUAAAAAUUGAAUAUUGUUAUAAUUGUAUACGCUCGGGCAUCCGGAGAGGCGAAGCUCUGGCCCGGCAAUAAAAAGGAUACCUGCGAUAUCAACGUGA